AUGCUCAUCGCGUCGUCAUGUUUCUUGUUGAUAUGUAUCUACCACUCUGCUAGUGCACUCGAUGUCUUCACCAACCACUUUCACGUCCAUCUGAAGGAGGGCGGACUCGAGAAUGCACACAAGAUCGCUAAACGCCACGGCUUCAUCAACCGUGGAGCUGUUCUCGGCUCGGACCACGAAUUCCACUUCGUCCAGCCUGCCCUCUCCCACGCCCGCACCAAGCGCUCCAUUGGACAUCACCGCAAGUUGCUCGGAGAUGAUGAGAUCAAGCACGCCGAACAGCUGACCGGCUACAAGCGCACCAAGCGAGGCUAUGCCCCGCUCGCCGACCGCCUGCAAGCCCAGCUCGACUUCACCUCCGUUCAAUCCCCCGGAGAUCCCCUCUACCAGUACCAGUGGUACUUGAAGAACACCGGCCAGGCUGGCGGCAAGGCCCGGCUUGACCUGAACGUCGAGAAGGCAUGGGCCCUUGGCUUCACCGGAAAGAACAUCACGACGGCCAUCAUGGAUGACGGUGUCGACUACAUGCAUCCCGAUUUGAUGAACAACUUUAAUGCGGAGGCCUCAUACGACUUCUCGUCGAACGACCCGUUCCCCUAUCCCCGCUACACGGAUGACUGGUUCAAUUCUCACGGAACGCGAUGCGCCGGAGAAAUUGCCGCCGCCCGCGACAAUGGCGUCUGCGGUGUUGGCGUCGCCUACGACAGCAAGAUCGCUGGCAUCCGGAUGCUUGACCAACCCUACAUGACCGAUCUGAUUGAGGCCAACUCGAUGGGCCACGAGCCGAACAAGAUCCACAUCUACUCUGCCAGCUGGGGACCCACCGAUGACGGCAAGACGGUCGACGGCCCGCGCAACGCCACCAUGAGGGCUAUCGUGCGUGGAGUUAACGAGGGCCGCGACGGACUUGGCUCGAUCUUCGUCUGGGCCUCCGGUGACGGUGGUGAGGAUGAUGACUGCAACUGUGAUGGUUAUGCCGCCUCCAUGUGGACAAUCUCGAUCAACUCGGCCAUCAACAACGGCGAGAACGCCCACUACGACGAGUCCUGCUCCUCCACCCUGGCCUCAACCUUCUCCAACGGAGGCCGAAACCCGGAAACCGGAGUUGCCACCACCGAUCUCUAUGGCCGCUGCACCCGUUCCCACUCCGGAACCUCAGCUGCUGCUCCGGAGGCUGCUGGCGUGUUCGCUCUUGCUCUGGAAGCCAACCCAAGCCUCACCUGGCGCGACCUGCAACACUUGACCGUCCUCACCUCAUCCCGGAACUCCUUGUUCGAUGGACGAUGCCGCGAGCUGCCGAACCUCGGAACCAAGGACAACCACCAGGACACCAAAAACCCCAACUGCUCGCACUUUGAGUGGCAGAUGAACGGCGUCGGACUGGAGUAUAACCACCUGUUCGGCUUCGGUGUCCUUGAUGCCGCCGAGAUGGUGAUGCUGUCGAUGGUCUGGAAGACGGCCCCGCCACGAUUCCACUGCACCGCCGGAACUAUCGAGGGCAACCACGAGAUCCCCGCCGACGGUAAUCUGAUGCUGGAGUUGGACACUGAUGGAUGCGCUGGUUCGGCGACGGAAGUCCGAUAUUUGGAGCAUGUCCAGGCCGUCGUUACCCUGAACUCGAGCCGACGUGGAGACACCACCUUGUAUUUGAUCUCGCCAGCUGGCACCCGAACGAUGAUCCUCUCCCGGCGACCGAAGGACGAUGACUCGAAGGACGGAUUCACCAACUGGCCGUUCAUGACCACCCACACCUGGGGCGAGAAUCCGCGCGGAAAAUGGAGACUGUUGGCCCGAUUCCAGGGACCCGGCGAGCACCGCGGAAUGCUAAAACGUUUCACCCUGAUGCUCCACGGCACCAAGGAGGCCCCGUACACCAACAUCGAACCCCUACGCGGCCAUGCCAACUCGAAACUCGAGGUCGUCCAGACGGCACACAAGCGCGUUGCCGCC